AUGGGAAAUGGUUGGCAUUCCUUCUUCCUGAAGGCACGGCGAGAGAGGGAGCGGGCGAGAGCCGUGCAACACACAGCCGCACAGACGCGCGGCCGGCGAGGAAGAGGAAGCGAGCAGGAGGCAGAGCGGAGCCCGCAGCUCGCCGUGCCCGCGGCUGGCAGCAGCAUGCCCACCCUCCGCAUGGCCACCUGGGGACUGUACCUGCAGCUUCUCUCCUGCUGGGCUUUCUCUCACAGCCCCUACGCUGACAAUGCCUUCUCACUCUCAGCAGAUCUCCCUUGUUUGGAACAGAAGCAGCAGCCUCCCCACAGAGCGUGCUGCUUCCUCAUCCCGCCGCCGCCGCCCAUGUUCCCGCCACCGCGCCUCAGGCACGACUGGAGCUCUAGGCUGCUUGAUCUGGACAUGAAGGAGUUGUGUCAAGAGCUCCAGACAACACAGGCCUUCUCUCUGCCUGAGUCACGUUGCCCUGCAGGGCCUCCUGGCCCCCAGGGUCCACAAGGAAUUCCUGGUAUAAUGGGACCAAAAGGGGAGAAAGGGGAGAUUGGCAGGCCGGGAAGAAAGGGUAGACCAGGUCCCCCGGGUGUCCCUGGGAUGCCAGGACCAAUAGGAUGGCCUGGACCUGUGGGACUGAAGGGUGAAAAGGGAGAUGUGGGUGUGAUGGGAUUGCCAGGUACCAGAGGACCAAUGGGCUCCAAGGGUUUUCCAGGAACUAGAGGAGAAAAGGGUUCCAGAGGGGACAGGGGUGACAAAGGAGUCAAAGGAGACCAGGGAGAAACAGGCUCCCCCGGAAUGCUGGGACAGAAAGGAGAGAUGGGCCCAAAGGGACAAUCUGGAGCACCAGGACACAGAGGACCUAUAGGAAGACCUGGAAAACGAGGCAAACAAGGGCAAAAGGGAGACAUUGGACCUGUGGGUAUCAUGGGCCCACCUGGAAGGCCUGGUCCUUCUGGCCAGCCAGGCCCCCCUGGACCUUCAGGAUUAGGGCAAUUUGCAAUAGGACCAAAAGGGGAAAGAGGACUUCCAGGACCUCCAGGAAGAUGCCACUGCAGACCCCCACAACAUGUGAAUAAUCCACCAUAUGAGGAGUCUGUGUUUGGACACAGGUAUCCAAAAGUCCCUGCGAUUUUUGUGGUGAAUAAUCAAGAAGAAUUGGACCGAUUACACACUGAAAAUGCCUUAGCUUUUAGAAGAGACCAGAGAUCUUUGUAUUUCAAGGAUACCUUUGGAUGGCUCCCAGUCCAGCUCACCCCUUUCUACCCUGUGGAUUACCGUGUUGAGGUUGGCAGUACGUGUGGAGAUGGGAUCGUUCAGGAUGGGGAAGAGUGUGAUGACGGCAACACGGUCGUGACGGAUGACUGCAUAAGAUGUCGCCGUGCUUACUGCGGAGAUGGCUACAGACAUGAAGGGGUGGAAGACUGUGAUGGAAAGGAUUUUGGAUAUCUGACAUGUAAAACAUAUCUCCCUGGGUCUUACGGAAAAUUGCGAUGCACUUCUUACUGCUACAUUGACUCUACACAGUGCCGAUACUUCACAUGAGGGGAGCAGAGAAGGGCAGCAUCCCACACGUCGUGAGGUGCGAGGUGCUAUGCUAUUGUCUAGCUGAGAAGGUCUGGGAUUUAAAAAAGAAAAAGAAAAAAAAAAGAAGAAAAAAGAAAAAAAGCCAUCUCUGUGAAAACAAACAGACUUCGUGCUUCUGAUGGCCAUUUUGAGAUGUUUGUCUUUUUUUUUUUUUUUAAAUUAAUUAAGCCAGAUUCUGAAAAACUAGGACCACUGUAUCCUGUCUUAAUAGAUAAACAGUGUUUGCCAGUAAGACUCGUGGGCUGUGUGUGGGGACUUCUCUGUCACAGAUGCUACAGGAAACCAAAUGCCACUAACCAGGAAUACUGUGUACAAGACAACAUUACCUCGGCUUAGCACUGUUCAGCCUAAAUUAAGUUCUUCAGGGUUUUUGUUUUUCAGCUUUUUCAGCAUAAACACAAAGCAUGUGUUGGACACAGUGUUUAUGGAGACUUUCUCUUUUAUUACAAUGUGAACUUCCUUCAUGUUGUCUCCAGGGGGGUGUGAUGGUGGCUUCAGCAGCACUGUGGUUAGCUGCACACCUUUGUGGCUCAGAGGAGCAGGGGCCUUCCUGCAAAUGCUUUAAAGAUGAGCAGAUGAGGCAAAAAAAACUCCAGGAAAAUGGUUGGCUAUCACACCAAGCCACAGGCCACGAAGGCCAAAGGGGACAACCAAAUGGUGAUGCAGCCAAGGUGCUCUCACUCCAGGAGGACAUCAGGCUGGGAGCAAAGAUGCAGGAUGAGCUGAUUUCACUUUUUGCCUUUGCCAAGCCAGCUGCGUUCUGUGUGAGCCCAACAGGACUGCGGAAGUGCUGGGUCAGCAAGGCUGCCCACCUGGAACCUCAAUGCAGCCAGGCCGGCACUCUGGUCAUGGUGCUGGAAGGUCUUGUUCUUCUCUCAUGGUCUACCCAGACUCCAUCCUUCCACGAUGGCUGUACCCAUCCUGUGUACUGACUCCUCUGGCCUGCUCUCCUGCUCCUGUUGUGCUUGAAGCACGCUGCAAUGUGCCGCCUCAUUUUUGUAUCCCUGUGACACCAAUCCUGGCCUAAUGUGCUUGUGGGUGCUCAUUCACGCUGUAUGAUGUACGUAUAUCUCUGUUUUUCAGGACAUUUGGUCAAUUCUGCUAGCUCUGAUAGGAGUCAGGGUAAUUACCUACUUAUUUAUUAGCACGCAUUCAAGAACAGAUUUCAUAGGGGAAGCAUAUUUAAUACUGUAUAUACAAAAGAGUUCAUAACAGAAGAAAAUGGUACAAAGAUGUGUGGAGUUCAGGACUAAGAGCUCAAACCAAGUGUGAUUUUUUUUUCAUGCAGGCCACUCUUUGCUGCUUUGCUGUAAAUGCUGUACUUGAAUGUUUCAAGUGUGUGAGUUACUUGUCACAAUAGGAGCACCACAGCAGCUGCACUUACUUGGUUACCUCUUAAAGGUUGAGUAAAGGGUGGAUAAUGCAUUAAAGCAAGCAGGAAUAUAUGCAACUUCUACCACUUGUAUAGGAGACUUUAGCUCUGCAUGUCCAAAGUGAUACUGGAAAUCGUCAAUUAAAAGCUAAAUAAAAUUAAUGUAUUUUACUGCUAUUGCUUACCUGGGCUGCUUGUGCUGUGAAGCUCAACCACCAACAGCUGUAGCCUGUUUCAACAGUUCAAAGCCUUUCUUCUCAUUGCCUUGUUAUUGUUAUUAUUUUUUUAUUUAAACAGAGGUCUUAAUAAAAGGUCAAAGAACCAAAGGGGUGAGGAACUUGCCAUAAGCUCUAGAAAUCUGUGCACUAGGGUAGCUGCCUUGUAACAUCCCAUACUGGUGCAAAGGAAUGGGUUUCAGCUGGUGGGAUCCAACACUUUCUCUCUGGAGUCCAUCUCCACUUGCAGACCCUGCAAGGCUGGAGCCCUUGAGAAAUUUGGAAGUCUCAGUGGCCUUUCACUUUCAGCUUUAAGUCCUGUUGUUUUUAAAAGCUCCUACCUCCAAAGGACAUUAUAAAGCCAAAGUGCACCAAGGGCAGGAAAUGAAAAACAAGUCAUGAUCUCACAUGUUAAAUUGUAGUGUGCUGCACACAGAGAAGAAGUACAGCAUCAGCCUGGUCACAAAACGAAGCGUGGAUUUCAGAAGGACUGUAUUAAUACAGCACAAAAAGUUCAAUAUCUUAACAAAAAGAAAUGCAAGUUGGAAGGGAAAAAAAAAUAAAAGUCAUGGAACAAGUUUCUUACUGCCAUUAUCAUCUUGUGUAAACCAUCAUAAAAAACAUUUGAGGAGGUGUUAAGUAUUCAUGUUAUAAAAGACUGCAAAUACCUUCCUCCUUAAUUCAGACGUAUCUAUUAUUGAGGAUUCAUCAGCUGGAUGGUGCCUGGAAUGCUAUGAUUUAUCUUCCCUCCUUCCGUGAGUUUCCUAAUGCAUUGUGCCAACUGUGGCUCAAAAGUGGAUUGAGGUACUUCAGUUCCUCGGCCUUUUGUAGCAGCAAAUGCCUGUGGGAAAGGUUUCUAAUCGUUAGUGUGCAGCUGUAGAUGAACACAGAAUUAGUAUGAGCUUACAUCAUACACUGUAUUUAAUGUACACUAAAAAGCCAGCUUGCACUUACUAUGUGAUUAAAUAUGUGUAGUUAUCUACUGCAUGUAUUAACAGCUUAUGUCAA